AUGGCAGACGCUCCGAAAGCGGUUUUGGGGCCGUUGGUAGGGGCAGUGGACCAAGGUACCAGCUCAACACGUUUUUUGGUUUUCAAUCCUCAAACAGCUGAAUUACUUUGUCAUCAUCAAGUGGAAAUAGCACAGGAGUUCCCAAGAGAGGGAUGGGUAGAGCAAGACCCACAGGUAAUCCUCCAGUCUGUGUACGAGUGUAUACAGAAAACAUGUGAGAAACUUCGACAGCAGAGCAUUGACAUUUCCAACAUUAAAGCUAUUGGUGUCACCAACCAGCGGGAAACGACCAUAGUCUGGGACAAGUUCACUGGAGAACCUCUCUACAACGCUGUGGUGUGGCUUGACCUAAGGACCCAGUCUACUGUGGAGAAUCUCAACAAAAGUAUUUCAGCAAGCAAUAACUUCGUCAAGACCAAGACAGGCCUUCCAAUCAGCACUUACUUCAGUGCAGUAAAACUUCACUGGCUCAUUGAGAAUGUGAAAAACGUGCAAAAGGCUAUCGAAGAUGGCAGAGCGUUUUUUGGGACGGUAGACUCCUGGCUAAUCUGGAGCAUGACGGGAGGUAUCAACGGAGGUGUCCACUGUACAGAUGUAAGUAAUGCGAGUAGGACCAUGCUAUUCAACAUUCACUCUUUGCAAUGGGAUGAAGAGCUCUGCGAGUUUUUUGGAAUCCCGAUGACCAUCCUUCCCAGAAUCCGGAGUUCUUCUGAGAUCUAUGGCCUAAUGAAAAGUGGGGUGUUGGAAGGUGUGCCGAUAUCUGGGUGCCUGGGAGACCAGUCUGCUGCUUUGGUGGGACAACUGUGCCUCCAGGAUGGACAAGCUAAAAGCACAUAUGGAACAGGCUGUUUCUUACUAUGUAACACCGGCCAGAAGUGUGUAAAGUCUGACCACGGCCUUCUGACCACGGUGGCUUACAAGAUGGGCAGAGAGGAACCUGUCUAUUAUGCCCUGGAAGGUUCUGUAGCCAUAGCCGGCGCUGUUGUUAGCUGGUUAAAAAACAAUCUUCAAAUUAUUAAGUCGUCAUCGGACAUUGAAAAACUUGCUGAAAAAGCAGGCACUUCCUAUGGCUGUUACUUUGUACCAGCCUUUUCAGGCUUAUAUGCACCUUAUUGGGACCCCAGUGCAAGAGGGAUCAUCUGUGGGCUCACUCAGUUCACCAAUAAAUUCCACAUCGCAUUUGCUGCAUUAGAAGCUGUUUGCUUCCAAACCCGAGAGAUUUUAGAUGCCAUGAACAGUGAUUGUGGAAUCCCGCUGACACAUUUGCAGGUCGACGGAGGAAUGACCGCAAACAAAAUUCUUAUGCAACUGCAAGCAGACAUUUUGUGCAUCCCAGUGAUGAAACCUUUCAUGCCAGAAACAACUGCCCUGGGGGCUGCCAUGGCUGCAGGGGCAGCAGAAGGAAUUAAGGUGUGGAGUCUGGACCCUAAGGAUUUAACAGGUGUCCAGAUGGAGAAGUUCGAACCCCAGAUCAAUGUCGAGGAAAGUGAAGGGCGUUACUCCACAUGGAAGAAAGCUGUGAUGAAGUCAAUGGGCUGGGUUUUGACUCAGUCUCCUGAUGGUCACGACCCAAGUAUUUUCAGCAGUCUGACGCUGGGUUUUUAUAUAGUGAGUAGUAUGAUGUUAUUAAUUGGCGCAAGGUACAUAUAA